GUUUCAUUACGUGCUCGGAUUAAUUGUAACACAAUAACAAUACUAAGGGCGGGGUGAAUCGAUUCAGUCAGUAUAAAUUCGCCAAGAGACUCACUACAGUUCACAGAUUAGCUUCUGCUCCUACUAAAAGCACUACAAUGGCUCAGAGGUUUGUUAUCAUUGCUUCAUUUCUGGCAUUAGCUCGUGCUGCUAUCAUCAGCACACCUUCUGCUUCUGCUGCAACAGUUGCUGUUUCUCGACCAACUAUCGUCGAAACUGAGCCUUUUGAUCACCAUCCCCAGUACAGUUACAGCUACGCCGUAGCCGACGAUUACACUGGAGACAACAAGGCCCAACAAGAAACACGCAAUGGAGACAUCGUCCAAGGCCACUACAGUUUAGUAGAACCCGACGGUUCUCGGCGUACCGUUUCUUACGCAGCUGAUGGAGUCAACGGUUUCAAUGCCGUCGUCCAGAAAAAUCACAAUAUCAACGUCAACUCUCAACACACCGUCGCUUCUUCAGUAACUCCAGUGAGAAACACCGUAGUCAGUGGACCAGGUCACAUUUGGACUCGGGCUUAUCCCAAUGGACCUUCAGCUGUAGUCGCCACAGCCAACGCCAACGUUUGGCGUCACUCGAGCUUGGGUACUUCACCCUACGUUACUUCUAAUCUCGUGGAAGUUGGCGCCAGAGCUGGGGCUCUGUACGAUACUCAACCAUGGGUUGGUACUCUUGGCUACGAUUCAGCUCGUGUAGUCAGGAUUCACUAGAUGUCAUUGUAAAACAACACUCUCUAUCCCUACACCAUAAACUGGAUUAAACUGACGUGCUUAAUUUAACGGUUAAUCUGAUGAAACAGAAUUUUAUAAUAAUAAUAGCAAUAAUUAAUACCUUUUAACGGCCAAUUACUGCCUUAGAUAAAUUUAAUUCCAUGUAAAAAUUUACAAUUUUUGUUUAAAAAAUUAAUUUUAGUAUUUUUUAUGUGAUGAUGAAAACAGAAGUAAAAUAAAUUUCUGAUAAAAAUUAAUAAAAA